UGACAACCCGGCACAAUGCACUUAGCAGGAGCAGUGUGAGUAAACCAGAAGCUUCUCUACAACAUGACCCACAGGGACAAAGCGGGCACUGUUUGCAACCUGAAGAUUGUGACUCUCCUGGUGGCCCUAAGUCCAGAACUCCUAUUCCUGGGAGCCGGAGUGCAGCUUCGAGACAACGGGUAUGAUGGAUUACUCGUUGCAAUCAAUCCUCAGGUAUCUGAGGAUCAGAACCUCAUCCCAAACAUUAAGGAAAUGAUAACUGAAGCUUCUUUUUACCUAUUCAAUGCUACCAAAAGAAGAGUGUUUUUCAGAAAUAUAAAGAUCUUAAUACCUGCCACAUGGAAAGCUAAUCAUUACAGCCAAGUUAAACAAGAAUCAUAUGAAAAGGCAAAUGUUAUAGUGACUGACUGGUAUGGGGCACAUGGAGGUGAUCCAUACACCCUGCAAUAUAGAGGGUGUGGAAAAGAGGGAAAACACAUUUAUUUCACAUCUGAAUUUCUACUAAAUGAUGACUUAACAGCUGGCUAUGGAUCAAGAGGCAGAGUGUUUGUCCAUGAAUGGGCCCAUCUCCGUUGGGGCGUGUUUGAUGAAUAUAACAAUGAAAAACCUUUCUACAUAAAUGGACAAAAUCAAAUUAAAGUAACAAGGUGUUCAUCUGACAUCGUUGGCAUGUUUGUGUGUGAAAAGGGCCCUUGCCCCGAGGAGAACUGUAUUAUUAGUCAGCUUUUCCAAGAAGGAUGCAUGUUUAUAUACAAUAGCACUCAAAACACAACAUCAUCGAUAAUGUUCAUGCAAAGUUUGUCUUCUGUGGUUGAAUUCUGUAACUCAAGUACCCACAACCAAGAAGCCCCAAACCUGCAGAACCAAAUGUGUAACCUCAGAAGUACAUGGGAUGUAAUCUCAGACUCCAGUGACUUUAAUCACAGCUUUCCCAUGAACGGGACUGCGCUUCCGCCUCCUCCCACGUUCUCGCUUGUCCAGGCUGGCGACAAAGUGGUCUGUUUAGUGCUGGAUGUCUCCAGCAAUAUGGCAGAGGCUGACAGAUUCCUUCGACAGCAGCAAGCAGCAGAAUUUUACUUGAUGCAGAUCGUUGAAAUUCAUACCUUUGUGGGCAUUGUCAGUUACAACAGCAAAGGAGAGAUCAGAACCCAGCUACACCAAAUUAACAAUGAUGAUGACCGAAAGCUGCUGGUUUCAUAUCUGCCUGCCAUGGUGUCAUCUGAAGCAGAAACCAGCAUCUGCUCGGGGCUUAAGAGGGGAUUUGAGGUGGCUGAAAAACUGAAUGGAAGAGCCUAUGGCUCUGUGAUGAUAUUAGUGACCAGUGGAAUUGAUGAGCAUAUCAGCGACUGCUUACUCACGGUGUUCCGCAGUGGUUCGACCAUUCAUACCAUUGCCCUGGGUUCAUCUGCUGACAACAACCUGGAGGAAUUGUCACAUCUUACGGGAGGUUUAAAGUUCUUUGUUCCAGAUAAAUCAAACUCCAACAGCAUGAUUGAUGCUUUCAGUAGAAUUUCCUCUGGCACUGGAGACGUUUUGCAACAAUGUAUUCAGCUUGAAAGUGUGGGUGAGAACGUGGAACCCCACCAUCAACUGAAAAACACCGUGACUGUGGAUAACAGCGUGGGCAAUGACACUGCCUUUCUCGUCACAUGGCAGACCAGUGGUCCCCCUGAAAUGGUUCUAUCGGAUCCAAAUGGAAGAAAAUACUUCACACGUAAUUUUAUCAUCAAUCAAGCUUUGAGGACUGCUCGCCUCUGGAUUCCGGGAACUGCUAAGCCCGGGCUCUGGACUUACGUGCUGAACAAUACCCACCAUUCUCGUCAAGCUCUGAAAGUGACAGUGACCUCUCGCGCCUCCCGCUCAGCCCAGCCUCCUGCUACGGUGGACGCCUUUGUGGAAAAAGACAGCACCUCUUUUCCCCAUCCCGUGAUGAUCUAUGCAAAUGUGAGAAAGGGGUUUUAUCCCGUUCUCAACGCCACUGUAACUGCUACUAUUGAGCCGGAGACCGAAGAUCCUGUUACGCUGAAACUUUUUGAUGAUGGAGCAGGUGCUGAUGUUAUAAAAAAUGAUGGGAUUUACUCGAGGUAUUUUUUCUCCUUUGCUGUAAAUGGUAGAUAUAGCUUGAAAGUGCAUGUCAAUCACUCUCCCAGCAUAAGCACCCUAGGCCACUCUCUUCCAGGGAGUCAUGCUAUGUAUGUACCAGGUUACAUAACAAAUGGGAACAUUCAGAUGCACGCCCCAAGAAAAUCCCUGGGCAGGAGUGAGGAGGAGCAAAAGGGGGGCUUUCGCCGAGUCAGCUCGGGAGGCUCCUUUUCCGUGCGGGGAGUUCCGGCGGGCCCCCAUCCCGACGUGUAUCCACCAUGCAAAGUUAUCGACCUGGAAGCUGUAAAAGUGGAAGAGGAGGUGACUUUGUCCUGGACAGCACCUGGAGAAGACUUUGAUCGGGGUCAGGCUAACAGCUAUGAAAUAAGGAUGAGUAAAAGUCUACAGAAUAUUCGAGACGAUUUUAACAAUGCCAUUUUAGUGAAUACAUCAAAGCUAAACCCUCAACAAGCCGGCACCAAGGAGAUAUUUACGUUUUCACCAAAGCUCUUCACAAAUGAACCUGAACAGCAGCCUGAUGGAGAGACCCAAGAAAGCCACAGAAUCUAUGUGGCAAUACGAACCAUAGAUAAGAACUCCUUAAAGUCUGCAGUUUCUAACAUUGCCCAGGCAUCAUUGUUUAUUCCCCCAAAUUCUGCUCCUGUAGUUGCCAAAGAUUAUCUUAUAUUGAACGGAGUUUUAACAGCAAUGGGUUUGAUAGGAAUCAUCUGCCUCACUAUAGUUGUAACACAUUAUGUUUUAAACAAGAAAAAGAGAGCAGACAGCAAAGAGAAUGGAACAAAAUUACUAUGAACAAAAGCUUCAUUCUUAGAUAUAAUACCCAUUCCCUUUGCACUUUACAAAAACAUACCAAUAAAAACAAAUUAACAUCAAAAUUGUUCAAAGUGCUUUGAAUUUUUGCAUACUAUGGAUCAUAUUUUUACAUAAUAAAUAGCCAAAAUUCUUUUAUAACACUCAUUUUGAGGGGAAAUUAGAAAACCCGUAAGUUCAGGCUAUGGAUAAA